UCUCACUAGUUUCAAAUCAUCUUAAUUACAUUUUUACCAAUUACAACAAAUAACAUUCGAUUAAAAAUGAAAGGUUUUACUACUGGCCUUCUCUUCAUAGCUUCCGCAGUCGCAGAUUCAACCAUACGAUCCACCAUCAUAUCAAGUACUUGUAGCGACUCGGCUGCUUGUUCUGCUUCCAUAGUGGCUCCGUCUUCUUUCCAUUACUCCAACACAUCUGCUAGUAUUACUGAAAAUAUUAAAGCUGCUCAAGCUACCUCUUCCCAUAAAGGUACUACAUUAUAUGCUUAUGAUACCGUUUCUGAUGAAGAGAUUGAAGAUAAAACUUAUACUGUUUGUGACGAAAAUUCUUCUUGUUAUGUCACCACUGAUGUUCUGGGUUCUACAACUUUUACAACUACCGUUGAUGGUAUUUUAACCACUAUUGUUACUGCAACUGCUGAAACCACCAAUGCUACUGAAAAAACUGCUGAAACUGGUAAGAAAGCAGUUGCCACUCAAACCGACGCUGACUCUUCUAGCGCUUCUGCUUCUGAUCCUUCUACUGCUUCUCCAGCUAAAGUUUCUAGUGCUGCUCAUGCUAACAAGGCCGUUAUCAGCGGUAAAGCCGCUAUUACUGAUUCCGCUAGUGAUAAAUCAACUGAUUACUCAUAUGAAACUGACUAUGCCAAUAAAGUAUUUGAAGCCACCAUCACCUCAUGCGAAGGUGUUUCAAACUGCCAUACCACUGUUGAGUUACAAUCAUCAACUACUUAUACGACAACUGUUGACGGUGUUUUAACUGUUGUCACCACUGUUUGUCCACUUUCUGGUGAAGCCUCUGCAACUGCCGAAGCCUCAACUACCGCAGGUGCCAACACUAAAGCUAAAGUUAUUUCAGCUUCAACUGCAACCAAUGUUGAAACCAAUACCUCCCCAGAAAUUACUCCAGGUAUUAAUACUGUUACUGAUCUUAGUAGAACUAUUGUAACCAUCACUUCAUGUUCUGAUCACAAAUGUUCAAAAGUUACUCAAACCACUGGAUUGACCGCCUACACUGUCACUAAAGGUACUGAAAUCACCGCCUACACCACUUUCUGUCCAUUGUCAGAUGAACAACCAACCACUAGUGGUGAAGUUGCAGCUGCUUCUCAAACUGAAACCAGCCCUGUUACUACUACCUCCACUGGUACACCAAUUCCAUCUAGUGGUGUAAACACAGCCGCUACCACUGGCACCGCAGAAACUUACUCAACAGUUAAUGUCAUUACCGAUAAUCUCCUUACCCAAACACCAUCUACCGGAACCACCUUGGUUCAACAAGGCACUUCUGAAUCAUCAAGCCACGCUCAACCUAGUGAUUCCAUUUCCGUUUACCAGGGUGCUGCCAACUCCAAAGCUGUCAAAUCGUCCGGUAUCAUUGGUUUGAUCACAACCUUCUUCUUGAUGAUGCUUUGAUCAACCAAAUAUGAAAAAUUCAAAAAAAGUGAAAAAAAUGAAAUAAAGCAAAA